AUGGCUACGACAUGGCUUUUCAUACGAACGUACUCGCUAGGCCCGUUUUACUUCACCAAGCUCCUCCUACCCCACCUCCUUCAGACAGCCAGGCUAUCCGACACUAAAGACCAUGUCCGGAUCGUGAACUUGACAUCAUCCGCGCAUCACUUUGCUGGAAGCCCACCGAUAGACUUCAGUAGCCUGAAGGAUGGUCCUGGAAGACGGAAAUAUACAGACCUUGACCACUUUUAUGCCCAGAGCAAAGCGGCUAUGGUCCUAUUUUCGAACGAGCUUGCUCGACGGUAUGCCGAGAAGGGCGUUAUUUCUCUGGCCGUGAAUCCGGGAAACUUUGCGACGUCUUUAACCCGGGGUAUUCAGGACUAUUGGAGAAAUACAUUCUCUGCGAACCCAGAAAUACUUGCUGUAUAUCUAUCCCCCUGA